AAAACGGUUGUAGACAAAAAUGAACCUCCAGAUGUAAAGGGACUGCAUUGGCAGAAAAGUUAGAGAAGAUCGAAUCAGAGGCAAAGAAAAAUGGCAUCUUGUUUACAACCCCUGAGGUCGACAUUUCAGCUGCUGGUGGUUCAGCCAUUAACAUCUUUGUCCUCCGAAUCAACAGUACUGGCCAUUGGGCACCGGCAUGACUGUUGCCCUCAAGCAAGCGGGAAAAAUAUUAUGGAGACUUACCCUGUCGAUGAUGCGGCCGGCAAAUCGAGCUUAACCCCUAAUUUGAGCUGAAUACGAGAAAACUCUUCGGCUGAGUUUCUGGCACAGACCGCCUGAUCCUAUGUUCAUGUCUGUUUUCGAGAUGUGAAUACGAUAACAACUUCGUAAACUCGGGCAAUGUCCAAACUGUGGAUCUGUCAAGUAUUUGCUUCACUGAUCCGCUACUUUCUCCAACAGCAUGACAAAUACAUUCUGUGGGGCUCAAGAAAGAUCAACACCAGUCGAGCCAACACUUUUCUUUUCUUAAAGGAAAAUACUCGAUUUUUAUUUUUAUUUUUAUGUUUUUAACUAAAGUUUUCAACGUUAACGUCAAACAAGUGGGGCCCAAGUAAGCCGAAAAAGAGGGAAGCACUUGAAAACGAACUGAAGCAUGUCGCCAAAUGAGGCCCCCCCACUUUUGUGGUGAUAUUAAAAAAGGGCACGCUUCACUUUCAUCUCCAUAGACAUAUGAUGAUGAAGUCUACACUGAGAACGUGGGUUAUGCACCUUUUGCUUUACUUUUGAAUUUCAAAUUCAAUCCAAACAGAAAGGGAGAAAAAAUCGCAAAGAGGGGCAACGUUAAUCUUGGUGUUUCCAGUUCCAAGUUUGUGUCUUUUUUGAGGCUUUGAAGCAUUGCUAAGCCCCAACCAUGGGAGAUUCAAGCUGUCUCAUGAUGCAACCCUUGUCUCACUCUUCAGUCUUCACCAAUGACGCCACUGAGGGGAACCCAAUUCAUGCUCUCGGGCAGUCAGUCUCGUUCGGCAGGUUCGUGUCAGAAGAGUCCUUGUCAUGGGAGAAAUGGUCAAGCUUCUCUCGGAAGCGCUAUGUCGAAGAGGCCGAGAAGUACUCCCGGCCAGGGUCGGUCGCGGAAAAGAAAGCCUUUUUUGAGGCUCACUACAAGAAAUUGGCCGAGAAGAAAGCGGCGGCCUUGCUCGAGCAAGCGAAUGGGGACUUGAGCGAUGUUGCUGACUUGGAACGUGAAGUUGAUGUCUUAGAUUCUCAGGAAAUUGUAAAUCCUAACCAAGAGGUCAAGAACCUAAGGCAAGUGCAUAAUCUGGGUGGUGAGAUGAAGGAAAAUGAUAACAGAGAGGAUAGAGGAUCGCAGUUAACUGAUAAAUCCAUCGUGAUUGUGGAAAAUGCCAAGGAUGAAUCAUUGAAAGAGCUUGCCACCGACUCUUCCCCGGUCAAAUGCUCCGAGGCACUUAAAAGCACAAAAUCGGCAUACCCUUCAGCCACUCCUUUAUUUGGGAAGAGAAAACUGGGGGAUCACUUAGCCACUGGAACGAAAACAGGCCAAAAAAGGCGCUCCCUUGCUACCAAGUUUUCAAAGUUUCUGUCUGCAUGCAAAAGCAAUUUACAGUCACCAAAGUCAUCUACACCCGGAUUGAGCACCAAAGGAAAAACUGCAAAAGGCAAGGAGGACAAAGCAAUUGAAGAACCAAUUAAAUGGAGUCAUAGCUUCUGUUUUUGCGUGGGGAACUCUUCAAGUAUUCGCAAAGGAAAAGAAAGAGCAGAGCAUCAGACGAAAAAUGAGAGGAAGAAAGCUCACGACAUCAAUGAUGAUGCAAAGCAUGAUCUCUCUAUCUCCUCAAAGAUCUUUGAUGAAUGAUGAUCACCGAAAACAUGUAAAGGAAAGGAAGGGUCAAGCGCCAACCAAGUUGAAUGCUUUGGAGGCUCGUUAAUAGACAUCUCUUAUUGAAUAGAAUAUUCAAGUGUAAAGAUUAGUUGCUACUACUACCACCACAGGAAUUGCACUGAACGCUGUUCAGGAGGCUAAAUUCCUGUCAAGCAGAUAGAAGAACAAUCUCUUAUUGUCGCGAAACAAAUAUCAACCCGAGGAAAAUUCAAGGAAAAUGCAUGGACAUGGACUGGAUUGAUUUGGGGAGCUCAUGCUGUAUGCAUAGUUUCAUGUUGUUAGUAGUCAGUAAGCUGUAAAAAAUUGGACUUUUCCCGUUCCUGAAACCUUGUGAUUGGUUUGACAACUGUCGUCUCUAGUGAUUCAAUCAGAAAUAAAUAGUGAAAGAGUACAGAGCGA